UUCGAAUGGAGGAAAUAAAAGAAAAAACAGAAGAAGUAUACUGUAUUGACACAUGCAAGGAGACAAACAUGGUUAUAUCCGGAGGAGGAGAUGAUGCAGUUACAUUCCACGUAUUUAAUGGAGAAAGCUAUGUCAUAGAUGAAGUAAUUGAAGGAUUUGAGGAUUCAGUUAUAAUAACAGAAUUUAUUUCUAGUGAUAAAGCAAUUGCUGUCGCAAUGGAUGGAACAAUUGCUGAAAUAAAUCUCAUAAAAGAGAAUGGGCGAUAUACAAAAGAUGUAAACAUAGUGUGUUUGCAGAUGGAUAUAACCAAGGCAGUGCUUUCAAAAGACAAGAAGAGGAUAUACAUAGGCACGGCGGAUGGCUUGGUAGAAGAAUUCCCUGCAGACAUCGCAGCAAUUGAGGCAAGAGCAGUAAGAAUAUAUGCCGGGCAUUCUUCAGAGAUCCAGGACAUAUUGGAAUCAGACUCUUUCUUAUACACAGUCUCUGGCACGCAUAUAAUAAUAUUUAGCAAAGGCACGGGAAGUGUAUCUGCUAGAUAUAAAGCCGAGUUUGAGACAGACAUUCGGGCUGUGCAGAUAAACAAAACCGGGAAAACAGUCGCAGUAGGAUAUGGAAAUGGAACACUGGUUCUUCUUUCAUACUCUCCAGAGCAGGGAAAAUUAACUAAUGUGUAUCAGAAUACUCAGACAGAGAGGGAGUCAGUUGAAUCACUUGCAUUCUUUGAAGACACGCUAAUUUAUGGUGAUUUCUCAUCUACAGUUUCUAUACUAAACAUAAAAUAUAAAACAGAGAGAGUUUGCAAGCUGUCUGAGGAUAAAGAAUGUGUAGUUAAAAUAAUUACAGUAUCAGAGGCAGUGGCCAUGGCAAUAACAAAUGCGGGAAAAGUCUGUGUGUUUUCUUUAAAAAUGGAUAAUACAAUGAUCUGCGAGUAUGCUUUAAGCAGCAUAACAUUAAAUGCAGUGGUGUUUAAUAGAUUUAUAUGUGCAGCAACCGUAGAAGGAAUUGAAUUUCUUAAAUUGUAAGACUAAUGACUAUGUGAAUAGAAUGCAAAGAUAGUGCGAUUUUUGCAAUAAUUUCUCAAUUUGAAAAAGAAAACAGAAGCAUCUUCUGCAGUGCUAUAAAUAAAG